GCGUUCACUUGUACUUUACAUUUCUGACAUUAUGGGUGACAUGUAACUGAGUUCAGGCAGGACAUGUUUAUGCAUCUGAUACAGUCAGAUCCGUUAUAGGUGUUUAUGCGUACCGCAGUAUUUGCGGUAAACUUUGCGGGUCUUCGCCCCGCCGUUCCUGGACGUGUGAGAUCAGCUGUCAGUGAAGUCCCGGCUGCGGUAGAGUGCCUCUCACAGGCCAGCCCUCACACUGACCUGUCCUCGUCCUACACGGAGCAGCAGCUGCAGUGAUAGCCGUGAUGCACUCUUCAUAAACAAUCAUGGCGGAGAAUGAAACCCUGGAUUGUGUAACGGAACACGAACGCAUUUUGCAGGAAAUUGAGAGUACCGACACGGCCUGUGUCGGUCCUACUCUUCGGUCCAUUUAUGAUGACCAGCCCAAUGCCCACAAGCGCUUCAUGGAAAAGUUGGAUGCCAGGAUAAGGAACCAUGACCGUGAGAUUGAGAAGAUGUGUAAUUUCCACCACCAGGGGUUUGUGGAUGCCAUCACAGAGCUUCUUAAAGUUCGGGCUGAUGCAGAGAAACUGAUGGGUCAAGUGACAGACACUAACCGAAGACUACAAGAAGCUGGGAGGGAGGUGACGGCUCAGACGGAGGAGGUGAUUCGCUGUCGGAUCCAGCAGAUGAACAUGGCCACCACAGUGGAGAAGCUCCAGCUCUGCAUACCAGUGCUUGAAAUGUAUAGCAAAUUAAAGGAGCAGCUAGAAUCCAAAAGAUAUUAUGCUGCACUGAAAACCAUGGAGCAGCUGGAGAAAAUCUAUAUUCCAAGGGUCAGUCAGUACCGGUUCUGUCAGAUAAUGGCUGAAAACCUGCCAAGACUGAGAGAAGAAAUCAAACAGGUCUCCAUGUCGGACCUCAAAGACUUCCUGGAAAGCAUCCGAAAGCAUUCAGACAAGGUUGGGGAGACGGCAAUGAGACAGGCACAGCAGCACAGGACGUUUAACAGUGCAGUAGCAAAGCAGGCCAGUAUAGGCCACUACACCAAGCCGAUGUAUUCCCUCAAUGGACGAACACACACUCACAUUCCCAACGGCCUGCUGAUGGACGGCGACACAGGAGAGGAGGAGGAAGCAGAUGAAGAGAUUCUUACAGCUCAGGACUUGGUGGACUUCUCACCAGUCUAUAGAUGUCUGCACAUUUACACAGUGCUGGGUGACCGAGAAACAUUUGAGAACUACUACAGGAAACAGAGGAAAAAACAGGCCCGACUAGUUCUGCAGCCGCAGGCUAACAUGCACGAGACAGUGGAAGGAUACAGAAGAUACUUUAAUCAGAUCGUAGGGUUCUUUGUUGUUGAGGACCAUAUCCUCCAUGCCACGAGGGGGCUGGUGACCAGAGCUUUCACCGAUGAGCUGUGGAACAUGGCCUUAUCCAAGAUCAUCGCUGUGCUUCGCACACACUCUUCGUACUGUGAUGACCCAGAUCUGGUGUUGGAGCUGAAAAAUCUCAUCGUUAUCUUUGCUGACACACUUCAGGGUUACGGUUUUCCAGUCAACCGUCUCUUUGACCUGCUGUUUGAGGUCAGAGACCAGUACAACGAAACUCUGCUGAAGAAAUGGGCGCUGGUGUUCAGAGAAAUCUUUGAGUUGGACAACUACAGUCCAAUCCCAGUUGAAACGGAGGAAGAGUAUAAAUUGGUGGUCAGCCGCUUUCCUUUCCAUGAUGCUGAGAUAGAAAAGCAGGACUUUCCUAAGAAGCUGCCGAUGUCCCAGUCCGUCCCGCAGAUCUACACACAGGUCAAGGAGUUCAUUUACGCCAGCCUCAAGUUUUCCGAAUCACUACACCGCAGUUCAACAGAAAUUGAUGACAUGUUGCGAAAAUCAACAAACCUUCUGCUGACAAGAACUCUCAGCAGCUGCCUGCAAAAUCUGAUCAAGAAGCCUCACAUCGGCCUGACGGAGCUGGUGCAGAUUAUCAUUAACACCACCCACCUGGAGCAGGCCUGCAGGUAUCUGGAGGAGUUCAUAACCAACAUCACCAACAUCUCCCCAGAAACGGUUCACACUACACGACUCUAUGGCCUGUCCACAUUCAAGGAUGCUCGUCAUGCUGCAGAGGGAGAGAUUUACACCAAACUGAACCAGAAGAUCGAUGAAUUCAUCCAGCUAGCAGACUAUGAGUGGGGCAUGGCCGAGUCAGAUGGCCGUGCCUCAGGAUACCUCAUGGACCUCAUCAACUUCCUGCGUUCCACCUUCCAGGUCUUCACACACCUUCCGAAUAACAACAAUGACCAUGCAUCAAUGUCGGGGAAAGUGGCCCAGACAGCUUGUAUGUCAGCCUGUAAACAUCUGUCCACAUCGCUGAUGCAGAUGCUGCUGGACACGGAGCUCAAACAGAUCAGUAUGGGGGCCAUUCAGCAGUUCAACCUGGACGUCAUCCAGUGUGAAUUGUUCGCCAGCUCCGAGCCAGUCCCUGGUUUCCAAGGAGACACCCUCCAGCUGGCUUUCAUCGACUUACGACAGCUCCUGGAUCUUUUCAUGGUGUGGGACUGGUCCACUUACCUGGCAGAUUAUGGGCAACCAAACUCCAAAUACCUGAGAGUGAACCCGGCCACAGCGCUGGCUCUGCUGGAGAAAGUCUACAGAGGGAUGAAGGACACCAGUAAGAAGAACAACAUCUUCUCUCAGUUCAGGAAGAACGACAGAGACAAACAGAAGUUGAUAGAGACUGUGGUUAAACAGCUGAGGAGCCUCGUCAACGGCAUGUCCUCCUAAACACACACACACACCAGGUGUGUGUAACAGCAACAUGUGACGAAUGAAACACACAGCAUGCAAACAACAAACUGCCAGAAAACUCCAGGACGUCCUGACACACAUGAACAUGGCAGUCAUGUACAGAGAAAACACACACACACACCGUGCAAGGCAUGCAGGGAGCCCACUCCUCCAUUAUUACACCUGAUUACCUGUUGAUAGUCACACACACGGUAAACUUUGAACUGGAGUCUUCACAGGAAUGUACAGACAGCUCUGUGGUCUGGUUCUGGUGCAGAAGGAGGGAAACGAAGCAGCUGGAGGCGAGUACUGAGGCGGUGAGGUCAAAGGUCGACCCCUGGCACACGCAUCAUGUUCCACUGCAGACCUCUUUAUAUGCAGUUCACAUGGUUCAUUUAUUUAUUUCAUUAUGAAAACUUGAUGUUAACUCAUGAAGGUUUUCUCUGAUGAAACAUCAGCACCUCUUUACUUAAACUUUAACCCUUAAAACUCCAAACCAGUUUUACUGUUUUUGUUUUCUCAUUAUCUAUUAAAAUGAUGUAAAAUGAAUGUAUGAAUAGAUUUAGCAGCAUAAAGGUCGACCAGAAGAAGAAAGCAGA